AUGCUCAUCUCAAGGCCAGUAACGAGGGGGACAACGAGAACGCUUCCUACACGCCUCAUCCCCCUCGCGUGUCUCCGCUUCUCCUCAUCAACCUCUGACGCCUCCGCAUCAUCAAUAGCGACCUCCUUCCUAUCACGCUUCCAAUCUCUAGGACCUCAAACUCGAACCCAAACGCUCGAUGCGAACCAACUCCGCCUCCUCUCUCUAACACUCAACCGGCCGUCGCUCCUCCCCACCACGCCGCAUCUCUCGCAACUUGCAACCGCCUCCAACCAAUGCGAAAUCGAGGUCGCAAACGGAACACCACUCCCGGCGGGGUACCACCUUGCCUACUUUACGCCAGCAUUUCUGGAGAAUGAACUCGGUGCCGAUGGUACCGAUACGAGCUAUAACCCGGCGCAUCCAUUUACGCGGCGCAUGUGGGCCGGCGGGGAGGUUUGCUGGCCGCGGGAUAGUAAUGGCAGUGUGAAUCCAUUGAGAGUUGGCGAGAAGGUUACAGAGACGACGAGGGUUCUAAGUGCGGAGGCAAAGACUGUAAGAAAGACCGGGGAGGAGAUGAUUGUCGUUGGAGUUGAAAAGGAGUUCAGUAAUGAGGCCGGGGUUGCGGUGAUUGAUAGGAGAAACUGGGUCUUCCGCAAAGCCCUCCCACCACCAUCGAUACAACAAACCCAAGACCUUCCCCCACCAACCCCUCCCUCUUCUCUCCCAGCCACGUCUACGACAACCUCCUCUCCAGACGGCCUUACCCACACACGCACCCUCCGCCAGACGGCCGUAACGCUCUUCCGCUUCUCAGCACUAACGUUUAACCCGCAUAAAAUCCACUACUCGCAGCCGUGGUGCCGGCAGGUCGAAGGGCACAAGGAUAUCGUCGUGCAUGGGCCACUGAAUCUCAUUGCGAUUCUGGACUUUUGGAGGGAUGUACGGAGCUCUGCUUGUGGGGCGGAUGUUGAUGCAAACACAUUUUUGCCUGACAGAAUUACAUACCGAGCGACGAGCCCGUUAUAUGCGGAGGAUGAGUACCGGAUUGUGCUGAAGAAGGGUGAGGGUGAGGACGGCAAGAAGAGUGCCGUGGAGAUUAUUACGCCUGAGGGUAAUGUUGGCAUGAAGGCUGAGGUUGUGGGUGUAUAG